AAGAGAGAGAGAGAAGGGCCACUGAGAAGAAAGAAGCAAUGGCUUCCCAACCAGGGCCUUUCACGCAGUGGCCAUGGCAGAGACUCGGCAACUUCAAGUAUAUAAUACUAGCUCCGUGGGUCGCGCACAGUUCCUAUAAGUUCGUGACAAGCGAGAGAGAGGAGAGAGAUAUGCUGAACUUCCUCGUCUUCCCUGCUCUACUGCUGAGGCUUCUCUACGCGCAGCUGUGGAUCUCCGUUUCUCGCUUCCAGACUGCCAGAAGCAAACACAGGAUAGUCAGCAAAAGCCUAGACUUUGAACAGGUCGACAGGGAGAGAAACUGGGAUGAUCAGGUUAUAUUGACGGCUCUGCUGUUCUACAUGGCGAAGGCGUUGAAGGUACCUGGAGCUUCUCACAUUCCAUGGUGGGAUACAAAGGGAGUAGUCAUCACCAUUCUUCUUCAUAUGGGCCCUGUGGAGUUCCUCUACUACUGGCUUCACAGGGCUUUGCACCACCAUUUCCUCUACUCUAGAUACCAUUCACACCAUCAUGCAUCCAUCGUCACCGAGCCCAUUACAUCCGUCAUUCAUCCGUUUGCCGAAGAAGUGGUCUACUUUCUACUCUUUGCUAUCCCGAUGGUAUCUGCUGCUGUCACCAGGACAUCGUCAAUCAUUGCAUUUCUUGGGUACCUCGUCUACAUUGAUUUCAUGAACUACAUGGGCCACUGCAACUUCGAAAUAGUCCCCAAAUGGCUCUUUGGCAUCUUCCCCCCUUUAAAGUAUCUCAUGUACACUCCCUCGUUCCAUUCCCUUCACCACACAAAUUUUCGAACAAAUUACUCCUUGUUCAUGCCUUUAUAUGACUACAUAUAUGGCACUUAUGACAAGUCAUCAGACCACAUUUAUGAGAGAUCUCUCAAGGGGAAGGAAGAGAGGCCUGAUGUAGUUCACCUUACCCACUUAACAACAUUCGAAUCGAUUUUCUACCUAAGACUAGGGUUUGCUUCAUUGGCAUCCAAACCGUACAACCCAAAUCAGUUCUUACGGACCGUAUGGCCACUUAUGCAUGUAUCAGUGCUACUGACGAGGAUCUAUGGGACUCCAUUCACAGUAGAGAGGAAUAGAUUGAAGAGACUCCAACUGGAGGCAUGGAUGGUACCAAGAUACGGCUUCCAGUAUAUAUCACCAGCUGAGAGAGAUUCAAUCAAUGGAUUAAUUGAGAAAGCAAUCUUAGAUGCAGAAGCAAGAGGGACCAAAGUUACAAGUCUAGGUCUCUUGAACCAAGGCGAUGAAUUGAAUGGAUAUGGCAAGCUUUAUGUCAAAAGGAACCCUACCUUGAAGCUGAGAAUUGUGGAUGGGACCAGCUUGGCAGUUGCCCUAGUUCUCAAUAAUAUUCCCAAAGGCAUCAAUAAUGUUCUCCUUAUAGGAAAACCUUCCAAGAUGGCUUACACUUUAUCUUUGGCCUUGUGUCAAAGGGAAGUCCAGGUAGAGAUGGUUCAGAAGGAUUUAUAUGAGCUCAUGCUAUUUCGAUUGCCACUAGAAAUGAAGAAUCGUUUGGUGCUGUCUAAAAUGUACACAAGCAAGAUUUGGCUGGUUGGAGAUGGAGUGAGAAACGAAGAACAAAGCAAGGCAACAAAGGGUACUCAUUUUAUUCCAUAUUCUCAAUUCCCUCCCAAGACUCUGCGCAAAGACUGUGUAUAUUGGUGGACCCCAGCAGUGAUAGUCCCAAAGGAGUAUGAAAACCUACAUGCUUGUGAGAAUUGGCUACCGAGGAGGGUGAUGAGCGCAUGGCGGGCGGCUGGAAUAGUCCACGCAUUGGAAGAAUGGACCGAACACGAGUGCGGUGAGACUGUGAUCGGCAUCGAGAAAACAUGGCGGGCAGCCCUAAAACAUGGAUUCCUUCCAUUUGAGCAAUGCAUGAAUCAGUGAAACACUAUUUCACUCUCAUCUUUGGAUCUACAAUAAGGAUCUGCCGAUCUUUGUCCUCACGAAACUUGGUUAUAUUAUGUCAGCCCUAAAAUUUAUUGCUUUGUGUUCAUCUCAUCUUCGCGUGUUAAAAACCUUCUAUCGAACAUCUGUAACCUUAUAUUACUCCUAGAAUCUCCACUUGGCUUCAUGAAA